UCUCCAAGGGCCGCAGUCAGUCAGUCGGUGGCAACAGUUCCGAUGAGAUUGUUUAUUGUGCUCAGCGUUUGCGUGGCGCUCGCCUCGGCGGGCUACGGUGGCGGUGGAGGCGGUGCUAGUUCCUCGGCCACCGCAUCAGCUUCGGCCAGCUCGAGUGCCGAUGCCGGCGGUAAAUAUGGCGGCAGCGGAGGCGGUGGCGGUGGCCUAGGCGGCGGUGGCGGAUUAGGACUGGGUCUUGGCGGCGGCCUCGGCGGAGGCGGCGGUCUUGAUCUAGGACUUGGUGGCGGCCUUGGUGGUGGACUUGGCGGCGGUCUCGGUGGCGGCAAAGGUGGCGGCGGUCCAUUUGGCAGCGGCGGCGGUGGCGGUGCUGGUGGCCAUGGAGGUGGUGGCUAUGGAGGCGGUGGCUCAGCUGGCAGCGGCGGUUUCGCUGGCGGUUCAGCUGGAAGCGGCAGCUUCGGUGGCGGCUCAGCUGGCGCUGGCGGCCAUAGCGGCGGCGGCGGCUUAGUUGGUGGCGGCGGCGGAGCUGGAGGCGGUCCAUUUGGCGGCGGCGGCGCUGGUCAUGGAGGCGGUGGCAACGGACUUGGCGGUGGCGGCUUUGGUGGCGGCUCAGCUGGAGGCGGCGGCUUUGCUGGCGGCUCAGCUGGAAGCGGUAGCUAUGGCGGCGGUGGCUUAGGAGGUGGCCAAGGAGGCGGCGCUGGACUAGGAGGUGGCCAUGGAAGCGGCGGUGGACUAGGAAGCGGCCAUGGAGGCAGCGGUGGACUAGGAGGAGGCCUAGGAGGUGGUCUAGGAGGUGGCCUAGGAGGAGGUCUUGGAGGCGGCAGCGGCAGCUACGGUGGCGGUUCCGCUGGAAGCGGCAGCUUUGGAGGCGGUAGCUUUGGCGGCGGUUCAGCUGGAGGCGGUGGUCAUGGAAGCGGCGGUCAUGGAGGUGGCGGCCAUGGAGGCGGUGGCCAUGGAGGUGGCGGCUUCGGCAGUGGCGGCGGCGGCUUUGGCGGCGGUGGCUUUGGCGGUGGCGGCUUUGGAGGUGGUCCAGGUGGCGGCUUUGGCGGAGGACCAGGCGGUGGCUUUGGCGGUGGUCCAGGCGGUGGCUUCGGAGGCGGAGGCAAACAUGGCGGCGGUGGCUACGGAGGCGGUGGCAAGCAUGGCGGCGGAGGCAGCGGAGGCGGUGGCUUUGGAGGUGGCGGUCAUGGUGGCGGCGGCUACGGCGGCGGCGGCUAUGGUAAAAGUAGUGCCAGUUCCUCAGCAUCCGCAACGGCUUCUGCAGGUGGCUAUGGCCGUUAUUCGGGGUUCCAAUUUAUCACAGCCACACAAUCAAACAGAUCAGUCGACGAGGUGCCGUUGCUCUACGUUCGUCUUACCUACGCAUCUGGUAUAAAUAGUUUGGGAUACUGUGAAUUGGUACAUCAGUUGAUCUGUUACCUGCUUUGCGUGCACAACACUCACGUUUCAACGAGCAAUAUGAAGACUUUGAUUGUGCUGGCACUUUUGGUGGCUGCCGCAUCGGCUCUGCCACAAUUUGGAUUCGGUGGUCCAGGCUUCGGUGGCCCUGGAUUCGGUGGCCCAGGAUUCGGUGGCCCGGGUGGAUUUGGAGGUGGACCUGGAUUUGGAGGCGGCUUCGGCGGUCGUCCAGGUUUCGGCGGCGGCUUCGGCGGUAACCCAUAUGGCGGCGGCUUCGGCGGCGGCCCAUACGGCGGCGGCGGAUUCGGCGGCCCAUACCGUGGAGGAUUCGGCGGCGGUCGUGGGGGCGGUGGCGGCCGUGGUGGUGGCGGCGGCUCUGCAUCGGCCUCAGCCUCAUCCAGUGCUUCAGCUGCUGGUGGUGGUGGCGGUGGUGCUGCAUCAGCUUCAUCGUCCGCCUCCGCCUCCUCAAGUGGCGGUGGAUUCCGCGGCUAGGCUAUCAAAGCUGAUGCCUGGAGCAUCGAAACGAGAUUACAAAUAAAUUAAGUUUAAUUAUUAAUAAAAAGUCUGAAAAC